AGCAAUAUAUCGAUACUAUCGGGCAGGUUGGCUCAUCUCUAUUUGAGGGCGUAGUUCCAACAAGUGCUGAGCAUCACAAUUUUCUAUUACUAAUCCCAGCUUGGCGUUGGCCCGCCCCAGAAUCUCAUUUUAUGUUUAGUUUCUAGGUUGAUAGUGUUGUUCGUUUUAUUUGCAAUAACUGUGAGCGGUAGGAGUCGGGCAAAAUGUUCCCCUCAUCGAUUUUGGGGCGCAGCUAUUUGCUUUUUAUGCUGGUGCUAGCCGUGGGCGUGUUCGCCCAACACGAGUGGCAGGCCCGGGAUGCGUUCGACGAGAUAAAGAGGCAGUUCGACAAGGUUAACGCGGAUAACUGUCCCAUCCAGCACCACUCGGAUCUGUUCAUGCCCGUGGAUGCGGUGUCCCACAAGCCGGACAUCAAGGAGAUCAACGUGAAUCCGGUGUUCCCUAACCGCACCGCCCUGCUGCAUCUUCAGAAUAUGGCCCUUAGCAGAAGCUUCUUCUGGAGCUACAUUCUCCAGUCGAGGUUUAUUCGUCCCGCCAUCAAUGACACCUACGAUCCCGGCAUGAUGUACUACUUCCUGUCCACCGUGGCCGACGUCUCCGCCAACCCGCACAUCAACGCCUCGGCCGUGUACUUCUCGCCCAACAGCUCGUAUUCCUCUUCGUAUCGCGGGUUCUUCAACAAGACGUUCCCCAGAUUUGGGCCAAGAACCUUCAGGCUGGACGACUUCAACGACCCUAUUCAUCUGCAGAAGAUAUCGACGUGGAAUACCUUUGAUGUUCAGGAUCUGGGCGCCCAUCAUCCGGACUCCAUAUCCAAGGACUAUACCCACGACCUGUAUAAAAUUAACGAGUGGUACCGCGCCUGGCUUCCAGACAACGUUGAGGGACGGCACGACACGAAGAUCACCUACCAGGUAGAAAUCCGUUAUGCGAACAACACGAACGAGACGUAUACUUUCCACGGCCCUCCUGGCUCUGAGGAAAACCCUGGUCCCAUCAAAUUUACAAGGCCGUACUUCGAUUGUGGCAGGUCCAACAAGUGGCUGGUGGCCGCUGUGGUGCCCAUUGCGGAUAUCUACCCCCGACACACCCAGUUCCGGCACAUUGAAUAUCCCAAAUACACUGCCGUUUCGGUUCUUGAGAUGGACUUUGAGCGUAUCGACAUAAACCAGUGUCCCUUGGGUGAAGGCAACAAAGGACCGAAUCAUUUUGCGGACACGGCGCGGUGUAAAAAAGAAACCACAGAGUGCGAGCCACUGCAAGGCUGGGGCUUUAGGCGCGGGGGCUACCAGUGCCGUUGUAAGCCAGGUUUCCGGCUGCCCAACGUGGUGCGGCGACCUUAUCUCGGCGAGAUUGUGGAGCGCGCAUCGGCAGAACAGUACUACAACGAGUACGAUUGCCUAAAGAUAGGGUGGAUUCAAAAGCUUCCCAUUCAGUGGGACAAGGCCUCUUACCACAUACGCCAAAAGUAUCUAGAUCGGCACCCGGAAUAUCGCAACUACACCACCGGCUCUCGAUCACUUCAUGCUGAGCACUUAAAUAUUGAUCAGGCGUUGAAGUAUAUUCAUGGAGUCAACUAUCGCACUUGCAAAAACUUCCAUCCGCAGGAUCUGAUUCUACGCGGUGAUGUGAGCUUCGGCGCCAAGGAGCAGUUUGAGAACGAAGCCAAGAUGGCCGUGAGACUGGCCAACUUUAUAAGCGCCUUUUUGCAGGUAUCGGAUCCCAACGAAGUGUACUCGGGCAAGCGUGUGGCCGACAAGCCGCUGACCGAGGAUCAAAUGAUCGGCGAGACCCUUGCCAUUGUCCUGGGCGACAGCAAGGUUUGGUCAGCCACAAUGCUCUGGGAGCGCAACAAGUUCACCAAUCGCACAUAUUUCGCACCCUAUGCCUACAAAACUGAGCUCAACACGCGGAAGUUCAAGGUGGAGGACCUGGCGCGGCUCAACAAGACGCACGAACUCUACACAGAGAAGAAGUACUUCAAGUUCCUGAAGCAACGCUGGAACACCAACUUCGACGACCUGGAGACCUUCUACAUGAAGAUCAAGAUCCGCCAUAACGAAACAGGUGAAUACCAGCAGAAGUACGAGCACUACCCCAAUUCGUACAGAGCUGCCAACAUCAAGCACGGCUACUGGACUCAACCGCAAUUCGACUGCGACGGAUAUGUGAAGAAGUGGCUAGUGACCUAUGCGGUGCCCUUCUUCGGCUGGGACAGCCUGAAAGUCAAGCUGGAAUUCAAGGGUGUGGUGGCCGUCUCCAUGGACAUGAUGCAGCUGGACAUCAACCAGUGCCCGGACUGGUACUACGAACCGAAUGCCUUUAAGAACACACAUAAGUGCGACGAGCAAUCCUCCUACUGCGUUCCCAUUAUGGGCCGUGGCUAUGAAACUGGAGGCUACAAGUGCGAGUGCCUACAGGGAUACGAGUAUCCUUUCGAGGAUCUGAUCACCUACUACGAUGGACAGCUGGUCGAGGCCGAGUACCAAAAUAUCGUGGCUGAUGUCGAGACCCGCUACGAUAUGUUCAAGUGCCGAUUGGCCGGAGCUUCGGGUCUCCAAUCCGCUUUGGGACUUGUGGUCGCGCUGAUCGGGCUCACGCUCACCCUGCUGUAUAGAUUUAGUUAAGCACCGCAUGCCAAAUAACUAACGCAAACCUCCGUCCAAACAAAACUCACAUCAAAUCUCUCCACAAAAGAUAUAACUACAAAGCAACACAGACACAAAAUUGACACCCAAAAACAAAACGAGCUGCCAGCCCAGCUCUCCAUCGUUGCUCCCUUUGAACAUUGUCAUCAUUUAUCUGCAAGGCGAUUAAGUUGUAGACAUAAUCUAUUACAAUGAAUCUGGUUAUUUGUCAUUUCUAUCAAAGGCGGCAGAAGCAGCAGUAGCACAAGCAGCAGCAUCGUCAGAAAAGCGCAAACAGCCGCGCCUACUGCGCUCAGAUUACGGAAAUGCCGUGUAGCUCGUCUUUUCCUCCUUCGGAGAUCCUCUCUAAUGUCCGUGAAGUCGCACAGCUGUGUGUGCGUAUGUGCGGCGAUCGCAAACCUGUUAACAUCCGAACCCAGUUAGGCCCAGGCGUACCUACACCCAUCAGGGAGGUCGUCCAGGUCCUAGCUGAGGGUUGUUUGUGCCGCACACACACCUUUUUUUCCUACCAACGGAUGCCACAAAAAAUCCAACGCCUGCCGUCGUGUUUUUCUUAUAUUAAAUCGACGAUGGUCUGUUGGCUGCGAUUUUUUUCUGAAUUAAAUAUGUAUGCCGAUGCUGCUGCCGCUGUGGCGUUUUUUCCGCUUUUUGUUUUUUGUGCCUUGAUUAUCAUAUGCGCUUGAAUUUUUAUUAUCUGUACCCUGAGAACUUUUUCUAUGCGCUGCAGGAACCAGUUUAUCAGCCACUUGGUCUCCUACCAGGGCAAAAAGAAAUCUCCAGCUUUUUUCAUUAAAACUUUAUAGCCAUAGGUAGCUGGACAGGGGCAGAAAAAAUCUUUUUCACACAUUUUUCAUAGUCAUUUCAGGGCAGCAGCGGUGGGCAGUAACUGUCUCAGCAUUCGGGCAACUCCUCCAUUUCUAUUUGGAAAAAUGCCCGCGUCAGCCGAAACAAGUUCGAGUGGCUGCCUGUGUCCGCUUUUGGUUUUGUUUCUGGGAGUCUUGUCCCCUUAACAUUCCGCAAUAUAUUUGUAGAUCAGUACAAAGCAAAAAGAAGCAAUCAAAUGUGUAAAUUGUGCCUUAAACUGAAAUAAGUGUUCAUUGAAUAUUUGUAACCCAACAGACUAUAUCAAACAUCCGUCCAAUGAGUAGUCUACUUUGUAUUAUGUAUCUACAUAUCUUAGUGAUAAGUGCCUUGAGACAAAAUCGCAAAACUUCUACAACCUUCUUGAGUAGCCUAAUGUAUAGAAUUUAAGUGUCUUAUAAUUUUAAAGAAAUCCAUCCAUAUACACAAUGUUCAAAUAUAUGAUUUUGUAGCAAAAA